AAGAAGCUUCACUGGACGAAUAUUGGUCAAUCAAUCAGUGACGUUGGUUCCGGUUGGAUCCCGUCGUUGAGUUGUCCUGAGAGUGAUCAUCUCUCCCAAGAGGCGAUCUUCGUGCUCUCCCCCGAUGCGAGCUGCUGUCUGUCGGGCUCUGCACGUGUGAGAGUCGGUGAGCAGCGACCCGGAGCCCGAGCCACCGCGUCUACCGUCCGUUACCGAGCCGCCGUCCCGUUAUGCCUCUCCGGGUGCUGGUGCGUGGUCCUGGGCCCUGGGGGUUCCGGCUGGUCGGGGGGAAGGACUUCGAGCAGCCGCUGACCAUCUCCCGGGUGACCCCUGGGAGCAAAGCGGCGCUGGCCAACCUGUGCAUCGGAGACAUGAUCUUGGCGAUCGACGGAGAACCGACGGAGAACAUGACUCACCUGGCGGCGCAGAACAAGAUCAAAGGCUGCGUGGAGGAGAUGGAUCUCUCCGUGGACAGGUCAGAAAGUAAAAUGUGGUCACCGCUCUCCUCCGAGGAAGGAAAGACUCACCCGUACAAGAUGGAUCUUGCAUCGGAACAAAAGGAGGUGAGGCACAUCGGCUCCGCCCACAACCGGAGCGCUCUGCCCUUCGCCGGCUUUGGCCCCCAAGUGGUCACCAACCAGUACAACAGCCCCUCCGGCCUCUACUCCUCCGAGAACAUCAAGGACUUCAACUCGGCCGUGGACGAGGUCAAAACCAUCGCCGCCGCCAACGAGCCCAACAGGGCUCCAUCUGAUCCGUCUCAGGCGGGCAAGCGGCCGUCGGUCACAGAGGAUUCUGAGGUUUACAAGAUGCUGCAGGAGAACCAGGAGGCCGCCGAGCCGCCGCGCCAGUCGGCUUCAUUCAAAGUGCUGCAGGAGAUCCUGGAGACGGGUGACCCGGAUAAGCCGUCGGGCUUCCGGAGCGUGAAGGCCCCGGCCCUGAGGACGGGCUCCUCGCUGGGCGCCGCCGACACGCUGCCCUGCUGCGACAAAUGUGGCUCCGGCAUCGUGGGCCUGGUGGUGAAGCUCCGGGACAAGUUCCGCCACCCUGAGUGCUACAGCUGCUCCGACUGCGACGCCAACCUCAAGCAGAAGGGACACUUCUUUGUGGAGGAGCAGAUCUACUGCGAGGCGCACGCCCGCCAGCGGGUGACGCCCCCCGAGGGCUACGACGUGGUCACCGUCUUCCCCAAGUAGAGCGGCGCCCCGGCCUGCACGCCACUAUAGAGCUGCAGAUGCCACUAUAGAGCUGCUGCAGACGCCACUAUAGAGCUGCAGCAGACGCCACUAUAGAGCUGCUGCAGAUGCCACUAUAGAGCUGCUGCAGACGCCACUAUAGAGCUGCUGCAGACGCCGCUAUAGAGCUGCUGCAGACGCCGCUAUAGAGCUGCUGCAGACGCCGCUAUAGAGCUGCUGCAGACGCCACUAUAGAGCUGCUGCAGACGCCGCUAUAGAGCUGCUGCAGACGCCGCUAUAGAGCUGCUGCAGACGCCACUAUAGAGCUGCAGACGCCGCUAUAGAGCUGCUGCAGACGCCGCUAUAGAGCUGCUGCAGAUGCCACUAUAGAGCUGCUGCAGACGCCACUAUAGAGCUGCAGACGCCGCUAUAGAGCUGCUGCAGACGCCGCUAUAGAGCUGCUGCAGACGCCGCUAUAGAGCUGCUGCAGACGCCACUAUAGAGCUGCAGACGCCACUAUAGAGCUGCUGCAGACGCCGCUAUAGAGCUGCUGCAGACGCCGCUAUAGAGCUGCUGCAGACGCCGCUAUAGAGCUGCUGCAGACGCCGCUAUAGAGCUGCUGCAGACGCCACUAUAGAGCUGCAGACGCCACUAUAGAGCUGCUGCAGACGCCGCUAUAGAGCUGCAGACGCCGCUAUAGAGCUGCUGCAGACGCCGCUAUAGAGCUGCUGCAGACGCCGCUAUAGAGCUGCAGACGCCACUAUAGAGCUGCUGCAGACGCCACUAUAGAGCUGCAGACGCCGGGACAUAAUCAAGACAUUCCAACAUUUAGCUCUUCUGACUCGUUCUUCUCAUUCCGCUUCACACAGAUUUCAUCUCUGGAUCUUCCGGAUUCGCUCGUCGAUGAAAUGAGACGAAGCUUUUAUUUGAUCUCUUUAAAGUGUAAAGUUUAUCUCGUUUGAAUCAUGGAACCAAAGGAAACACUCGUUCACCGACAAGUGUUUUCUAGUUUUAUUAAAUAAAAACACUUUUAUGCAGCAAAAAUACAUUUCAAUGUCAUUACCAAAAUAAAUAUUUGUACCUUAA